AUGUUCAGGUGCCUAUCGCGUGUUUGUCUCGCAUCAAAGGUAUUAGCUUCGCUUCCAGGCAACGUACCACUUAUAAAACACGAUCCCCAUGUUUACCGGCUUAUUCAGGAAGAGCUGCAGCGGCAGUUUCAAGGACUGGAACUGAUAGCGUCGGAGAACUUCACCUCACAUGCGGUCUUAGAAUGUCUAGGAUCAGUCCUCACUAACAAGUAUGCCGAAGGUCUACCUGGCAGUCGUUACUACGGGGGUACUGAAGUGGUGGAUCAGUUGGAAGAUCUUUGCCGUAAUCGUGCUUUGGCCGCCUUCAGAUUAUCUCCUGAAACGUGGGGAGUUAACGUUCAACCCCACAGUGGCUCACCGGCAAAUUUUUCUACCUACACCGGUCUCCUCAAUCCGCACGAUCGGCUGAUGGGUCUUGACCUUCCUGCCGGAGGCCACCUUACUCAUGGCUUCUACACUGCCACGAAACGCAUUUCUGCCAGUUCGAUUUACUUUGAAAGCCUUCCGUAUUCUUUAACACCGGAGGGACUUGUGGACUACGAAGGUCUUGCUAAGCAGGCUCUUUUGUAUAAGCCAAAGCUUAUCAUUGCCGGUGGAUCCGCCUAUCCCAGGGAUUGGGAUUACAAACGUUAUCGUGAGAUCUGCAACAGUGUGGGGGCCUACUUUAUGGUUGACAUGGCCCACAUCUCCGGGCUUGUGGCAGCAGAGGAGCAAAACAAUCCGUUUGAAUACGCGGACGUGGUGACGUCAACCACACACAAGACCCUCCGUGGACCUCGCUCUGGUCUCAUUUUCUUCCGCAAGCGUGUUAUGAAGGGCAAGACUGAAAUGAACCUCGAGGACCGCAUUAACAAUGCGGUCUUUCCGGCGACACAAGGUGGCCCACACAUGAACCAGAUAGCUGCCCUGGCUACACAGCUCAAGGAGGUUGCUUCUCCCGAGUGGAAGGAUUAUAUCAAACAAGUGAAAGCAAAUUCUAAGGCACUUUCAAAUUUUCUUUUGGACUCUGGGGAGGCACUUGUGAGUGGGGGGACGGACAACCACCUUUUUCUGUGGAACCUUCGGCAACACAAAAUCACAGGAAGCAAGCUGGAGAAGCUCCUAGAUCGCGUGUUCAUAACGGCAAAUAAGAAUACAGUUGUUGGCGAUACGAACGCGCGCACUCCACACGGCAUGCGUAUUGGUGUUCCCGCUGUGACAACUCGGGGCAUGAAGGAGGCGGAUGUCCAAAUUGUGGGAUCUUUUCUUAUUCGAUCUCUCCAGAUCGCUAAGGAAAUCGAACAAAAGAAUGGAGGAGGCUCUACAACCCUCUCUGAAUUUGUGACGGCAUGUGACAAAGACGAAAAAAUUGUAACGCUAGGCAAGGAAGUAAAGGAUUUUGCCCAGCAAUUCCCAUUUCCCGGUUUACCUAAUCCAUUUCCUAAAAUGGAGUGA